UGCGCCGAGCGUCACAAAGCCACGAGCCGGCAAAGAUCGCGCAGCCGUCGGCGUCCAGGUGCUGGAUCGCGCGACCCAGCUCCACCACCAUCACCCGUCACCAUGUCUAGCGAGGAGCUGGCUCGCAAGCUACAGCGCCGGUUGAGACUAGAGGCGAUGGCAGAGAUCGACCAGGGCGUCCCCCAGCCUACACCCUGCGCUGCCCCAGCAGGGAACCGGGAGCCCGAACUGCCUGUCCAGGCACCCUUGGUCAACGCGGAUUCUGAGCUGAGCGCCAAGCUGAGCCGCAGGCUGGACAUCCACCAGGGCAUAGUGCGGUCCCGCCGCAGCAAGGUCUUCAACCCCUACACCGAGUUCCCGGAGUUCAGCCGUCGCCUCCUCAAGGAUCUGGAGAGCAUGUUUAAAACGUAUGACGCUGGAAAGGAUGGCUUUAUCGACCUGAUGGAACUGAAGCUCAUGAUGGAGAAGCUGGGGGCUCCCCAGACCCACCUGGGCCUGAAGAGUAUGAUCAAAGAGGUGGAUGAGGACUUCGAUGGCAAGCUCAGCUUCCGGGAGUUCCUGCUCAUUUUUCACAAGGCUGCUGCCGGUGAGCUGCAGGAGGACAGUGGGCUGCUGGCACUGGCCAAGCUCUCUGAGAUCAAUGUUGCCCUGGAGGGUGUCCGAGGUGCCAAGAACUUCUUCGAAGCCAAGGCCCAGGCCUUGUCAUGCUCCAGUAAAUUUGAAGCUGAGUUAAAAGCUGAGCAAGAAGAGCGGAAACGGGAGGAGGAGACCAGGAGGCUCCGCCAGGCGGCCUUCCAGGAGCUCAAGGCUGCUUUCAGCGCCUAGACCUGCUGACCUGACCUGUGACCAUAGCUGUGCCUUACUGACGCCCUGGAGGAGAUGACCAGAAUUUUCACAUUUUUACCCUGCUGCCCUCUGCGUGAAUGACCUUCCCCCCACCCCUCAACACCCCAGGCCUGUUUCUUAGUGCCUCUGGAUACCUGGAGACUGCUUUUGUCCUUCCCAGGGUCCUGGCCUCUUCCAAAAGACUUGCCAGCUGGUCUUUCCUGCCUUCUCUCCUCUGCCACUAUCUGUAGCUGAGACUUGUUUCUUGGAAACCGUCCUUGUUCCUGCCUGGUUCUAUGUCAGCGAGUCCUGUUUAUCUAUGGUUGCCCGAUUCUCGGAUGGUUUUUCCAUUGACUUCUUUUUUAGCGUCUUCCAACCUAGUUGAUGGUGGGAUUUGAAGGAGGACUUAUGGAUCAUUACCUGUGCCCUCUCUAACUAGGGACUAGCUUGCUGUCACAUUGCCUGUCUCCUGGCCUUUAACAGUGCCCACCCUCUUGUUCCCCCUCAUCCCUUUCUUUCUAUUCCAGCCGUUUCCCCGCUCCUUGUUCCUUUGCUGUAAGAAUGAAAGAAUUGUUGGAAGUAAUAUUAAUGAGCAGAAGGAUAUCUGUCACCUGACUCCAUGCAAAUCAGAGUGGAUCCCUGAAAUUCUCAAGUGACACACCAAGAGCUUUCGAAAUCCCGGAAGUCGUGACCAUCCUCCAGUGUCUGAUGUCAGCUCCAUGGAGCUGAGGGAAAGGUACUGUCAUCCACGGGACAGAGUUUUAUAUAUUGUGAGUUCUUGGGAUUUCUCACAAACACCAGGGAUUGUAUUUUUUAACAAAAAAUUCCUAAUGUCAUAUUUAUUACUUCUCUUUUGAAACUGUUGUCUUUACAAUAAAGAAAACAUCUGCCCUUCUAUCUUACAGCUGUUUCCUUUUAAAUAAAAUGUGCAAAUGAUCUUUGCCUUCA